UCUCACAAGCUCAGCCUCUCUAAGUAGUAUAUAAAUUCCGAAAGUUUGGCAGGCAGAGUAAAUUGCAACUGACGGCGGUUUGAGGCCAGAAAGGGAACUGUUACAUUAAGUGAUUGAGGAUAUUUAUUUAACAAAUUGAAUUAAGGAGGAUUUAGGAUAUCAGGAAGCAGCUAGUGUCUUGGAAAUUACUUCCCGAAUACCAAGGAAGGAGCGUUAUAAAUUUCCAAUAGUCAAGAUCGUUUAAUGGGUUAAUGUAUACAAUAGUUUUGUAUGCGUUUCAUUAUCAAUACCGUCUUAAUAUCCCAGUGGCGCAAUGGUAUGAAUCAGUCUCACAAUGGAGGACGGCUAUUUGAUAAACUGUAAGUAGCCGCUAUAACGCCUUCACCGACGUACACAUGAUGUUAUGGACGUUUUAAUGGAUAAUCAAAACUUCAUAAAAGAUGCUGGAAUUUAUUCAAGAACAGUUGGAUUUAUUUUGUUAAAAUGGUUGAACUAAAUGGGAGUAGUUACGGAACUGAGGGCUCCAACUCCAGCUUUGGAACAGAUUCAAUUAUACAAUACGGUUUACCGAACAAGGAAGGAGUUUACAACGAUACGGGAUGGAUAACAGAUUCUAUAUUUAUUCCACAAGACGGAAAUAUAUCAUAUUUAAUGAAUAACUACACGGAUAGCGGUAUGAGUUCAAAGGAAUUGACUACCAACGUUUAUACUGAAAGUUCAAAUCUAUGGACUAAUGUGAGCGACAAUGUUACAGAAGGGAGAGGACUCCCAGAUCCGGUCGGUACACUGGAGGUGAUUCUAAUUUCAAUCAUUGUAACUAUUUUGUCAAUAUUGACUAUAGGCGGAAAUUUAUUAGUUUUGAUCGCUUUUAAGAUCGAUAAACAACUUCAAACAGUGAGCAAUUCGUUUCUGGCUAGUUUGGCGGUUGCAGAUCUGGCAAUAGGUUUGAUAUCUAUGCCAUUGUACACUGUGUAUCUUUUAAUGAGGUACUGGCCCCUUGGGCCAAUUAUCUGUGAUAUUUGGCUCUCUCUUGACUAUACUAUGAGCAACGCUUCGGUUGCAAAUCUUAUUAUUAUCAGCUGUGACCGAUAUUUAUCGGUCACUCGACCGCUCACCUAUCGUGCCAAACGAACACCAAAACGUGCGGGCAUUAUGAUUGCGUGCGCAUGGAUUAUCAGCGCCCUCAUGUGGCCACCAUGGAUAAUAGCGUGGCCAUAUAUUGAAGGAAAACGAACCAUAGAUAUUCAUCAAUGUGCCAUACAAUUCCUGACAUCCAACGAGUACAUCACCAUCAUUACUGCAGUCAUUGCAUUUUACCUUCCCGUUUGCGUCAUGUGUGCUCUUUAUUUCAAAAUCUUCCGCGCUACCCAAAAACGGCAAAAGGGUUUAGCGAAAAUAGACGCUAAUCGUCAAAUUGCUUACAGCAGUAGUAGGAAGAAGUGUAUCUCCAGUGACGAAGAUAUUCACUCCAAUAUCAAUUCACAUUCUCAAGGUCGACCUCGAAGUGACUCGUCAGACCUAGAAAACAUAUCAGUGUCGAUGGAAAAUAUUAAUUCAGGGCCAUAUAGACAUCGUAAAUGGUGGCAAACGAGUUGUUGUCGUAACUGCCGCAUAAUAGACCGCGAUACCGACUACGUUGAAGAGUCGAGUACUAGUGACCCUCAACAAUCAGACAUAACCCCCGUCUCCACGGCAUUUAAAACCACGUCUUUUACGUCAUCGUCACGUGAUCAUUCCAGUGGGGGCAUUUCAACUUUGAAUGGAAAAUAUGGUAACAAAAAACCUUGUAUCCCAAUCAGUGUAAUGGAACCAUUAAUAAGCUCAAAGUCAAAAGAAAUUCAGAAUAGUAUAUCACCAGCGAGGAAAAAUAAUUUAUCAAGUAUUUCAGAACAUGAAAAAGAGUAUAGGGAUUCUAUGUACACGAUUCUAAUCAAACUGCCAACAGACUCUUCCAAUCCUAACUCUAAACCAUCGAUUCAAAUGUAUUCGGACACCGACACUGACGACGACGUUUAUCAUGGUGAACGCCGACUCAGUGAAGUCAGGGAGAGCAACGAUAUGGAUAAUGUUAGUGAUGAAGUCAUGAAAAAUGUAAGAAUAACAAGCGAGGUUAAUACACCCGAUGGUUCCCCGAUUUGGAAGCUAAGGGAAGAAUUUACUCCUCCGGUAUCAAACAUGAGUCUAAUUUCCAAAUCUCCCUAUGUAAAACAUGUUCCCCGUUCUAAGUCAUAUCACAAUAACGACAAUGAAAUUGUGAGUAGACAAACUCCAGGUCAUAGGAGUAGAUCGCAGGAUGAUGGUCUCGUUCUACCGAACCUAAGUAGGCGAUUAACGGAGACAACGGAAGCUAUUAGGACUGCCGUUCAAGCUAAAUUCCAUGUUCACACAAAGGUUACACAAAAAGUCCGUUCAUCGAGAUCAAAAAAGAAAUUCAAAGAAAAGAAGCAGGAUCAAAAAGCAGCCAAGACUCUCAGUGCCAUAUUACUAGCAUUCGUGUUGACAUGGACCCCAUACAACCUGUUUACGGUCAUCAUGGUGUUCUGUCCUCUCUGCGUCAAUGACAGUCUCUAUGCAAUAGGCUAUUGGCUGUGUUACAUAAACAGCACCAUCAAUCCACUCUGCUACGCUUUGUGUAACGCAAAUUUCCGCCGAGCGUUCUGGAAAAUACUCACCUGCAAAUGCAACACGAAACGCCAACGCCCAGAUUUCAACCAACGCUUCAGAUGAAUGCUAGCUAUAGUGAGAUUUAGAAAAGAUGGCCAUAAUAUAGGAGUGUAGAAUGUAGCGACAUAUAGAUGGCGCUGUUGUAUACAAGUCAAUCACGCACAUUGCUUGGACGUUCGUGUAAAGAUUUCUUUAUCUCCUCGAAUAUCUUUUUGAUAAUAUGCAAUUAUGUUCAGAACCUAUUUAAUUCGCCUGUCUUGUCUUCUAGUCGUGUAACCAUGGAGAUGCACAGUGAACAAGUAAAAUGCCAUAUAAGGAAUUCCUGAUUUUUAUAUUUUCAUGGUCUAGAGUGUAUUAAUAUGUUCAAUGGAAAUAAAAAUAUAUCAUAAUUUAUUCGAAUAUUUACAAAAA